UGAUUCUUCAACUAUACACGUAGGAUGAAUCGAAAGGAAAAGCAGAACAAUAAAUAUUAGCAUACUGAACCUUCAUUACAAACUAAAUCCAUUGUUUACAGGAUCCAUCAAAAGAAUUAAAAUCUUUAUGGAGCUUCAAGAAAUCACCUUAUAUGCCGUUCUUCUUGGUAUAAUUUCUCUCUUCCUGUCCACAAAAUAUGCCACGACAAACAAGAAAAAAGGCAAGAUGCCACCAGAGCCAGCAGGGUCAUGGCCAAUUAUCGGUCACCUGCAUCUUCUUGGAGGAGCAAACCAGCUACUACAUAGAGCAUUUGGGGUGAUGGCCGAUAAGUACGGGCCAAUCUUCUCUGUCUACCAUGGAAUUCGUAGAGUGCUGGUUGUGAGCAACUGCGAAAUUGUGAAGGAAUGUUUAGUUACCAACGACAAGGUUUUGGCUGCUCGCCCGAAAUACUUGGCAGUAAAAAUCAUGGGCUACGACAAUGCUAUGCUCGGCUUUGCACCUUAUGGGCAAUAUUGGAGUGAUAUGAGAAAGCUAACCAUGGUUGAGCUUCUCUCAAACAGCAGGCUUGAGAUGCUCAAGCAUGUACGGGACACAGAAACUAAGUUGCUUCUGAAGGAUUUACAUGACAGAUCAAUAAAGAAUGAAGGGCAUGUUUUGGUGGAAAUGAAGGAGAAGUUUGGGAACUUGACAAUGAACAUAAUAGUAAGAAUGCUUGCUGGGAAGCGAUAUUUUGGUACUGACACAAACGGGGAUGAGGAGUCGGGGAGAUUUCAAAAGGCUUUGGGAGAUUUCUUCUAUAUAGUGGGUUUAUUCUUGGUUUCAGAUGCUGUUCCAUUUCUUGGUUGGUUGGAUUAUGUUAGGGGAUUUGCAGGCAAAAUGAAGAGGACAGCAACGGAGAUAGACCGUGUGUUUAGUAGCUGGGUGGAGGAUCAUCGACGAGACAGGCUCAAUGGAAGCAUCAAGGAGGAGGAGAGAGAUUUCAUUCAUGUUCUGCUUUCUAACCUGGAAGACGGCAAGAUUUCUACUGUUGACGCUGAUACUGCAAUUAAGGGCACUUGCUUGAGCCUCAUUUUGGGUGGCCACGACACGACAUUUGUGACUCUUACAUGGGCACUAUCUUUGAUAUUGAACAACCGCAACGUUCUUGAAAAGGCACAAGAUGAGCUUGACAUUCAAGUAGGAAAGCACCGGCAAGUUGACGAGACAGACAUAAAGAGCCUUGUAUACUUACAAGCCAUUGUCAAGGAAACAAUGAGACUAUACCCUGCUGCCCCGCUUUCAGCACCAAGGCAAGCCAUGGAGGAUUGCACGGUAGCGGGCUUCCACAUCCCAGCGGGCACACGCCUUUUGGUUAACCUGUGGAAGUUGCACCGCGAUCCCAACAUUUGGUCUAACCCAUUGGAAUUUCAGCCUGAGAGGUUCCUAAAGGAGCAUGCCAAUUUGGAUGUGAGGGGUCAAGAUUUUGAAUACGUACCAUUUGGGUCCGGAAGAAGAAUGUGCCCAGGGAUUUCCUUGGCGCUCCAGGUUUUGCACUUGUCACUGGCUCGACUGCUUCAUGGUUUUGAAAUGGGGACAGUUUCAGACGCUCUAAUCGAUAUGAGUGAAGGCCCUGGAAUCACUAUCACCAAGGAAACACCAUUGGAGGUCAUCCUCCGCCCAAGGCUACACUCAAAUCUAUAUGAAUGUUAAGCAGCUGAAGAUCUCUGGGUGAUCACAUGCUCAAGCUAGUAAGCUCAAUUUACGUGCCCAUUCAAUUCAUAGGAUUGAUGCAUAAAUAAAUAAUUCAAGUUCGUUUAACAAUGCCAUUUUCAUUACAUCUAGAGAUUCCUAUUUGCAAAUAUGAUCUUAUAGUAUCAGCAGUGUAGUCCAUUGUUCUUGAAUCUUGUAUUCCAGUUACUGUUAUUCACGUUAUGAAAAACUUGUAAUCAGAGAUAAAACUGCGUAAUUAAUGCGUAACAUUCACCACAACAUAAUCUUGGUUGUUACGUAAUGAGGAUAGAAAUGAGUUGUCAA